CGUUGUUGUUGUCGUCGUCAUCGUUGACGUCGUGGUCGUCGUCGUGGUCGUCGUCGUCGUCGUCGUCGUCGGCCAUCUCAACACGACACCCAACAUCCAAGAAAAUUGUCUAUCGACCUGGACCGGCGUGAACCAUUGAAGAUUUUUCAUCUAACAAGAGAAGAGAGAUUAUUUAUUCGACGAAUCCCAUUUUACUCGUUACCGAGGAAAAGAAGGAAUAUAUAUUGAUAUAUAUAUAUAUUCAAACGGGGUCUCGUACGGAUAACAAAUUUGAAAGAGGAUUUAAUAACGAGAACAAUGAAGUUCCUAAAUACGUUCCUUUUCUUCGAAUUUACGUCAUCUUUCAUUUUUUAAUAAAUAAAGAGAAACAAUUAAAGGAUUUAAAAAGAAGAUAAACAGAACUUUAAGCUAGUCGUUUGUUUCUGAUGGUAGAACUACCAAGUGAUCGAAAAUACAAGGACAAUAAUUGUCCACCACCACCACAACAACAACAACAACAACAACAAGAUCAACAUAGACAACGUUGAAGAAGUGAUUCCCAUCAAAGGACCUCAUGGAUUCGUCAAGAAGCCUAUCGUUUGCUUGCCUUCUCUUAACACUACUCUUAUUGCUUAAUUAUCCUGAGGAAACUCAUGCCGGUCUGAUAAAUCUAAUCAAGCGAGAUGUCAGUCAAGAUCAAAGGAGUAGAAUAUCGAUCGAUCGAUAUGCCAUGCAUGGACCAGCAGUUGACGAUGAAGAACUCCCUAGAAACCUUCACGAACCUUAUCCUGGAAGUAGUUUUGGCCCAAUGGGACCACUCUACGAUUCCUUAUCGGAUGAUGUCUCGGCAAGAAGUCUUCCGGUAUCCAAUACGGCCACCCAUGAUUAUUCCUCAUCAUCACCAUCUUCGAAUGAUCAAGAAAUCGAUAAACCAAAGACUGAAGUAGAAUAUCACAUCAUGUCUGUCGAAUUUCCUAGAGUGGAAACGCCAUUCGUUAUCGGCAUUUGGAUAUUUUUCGCUAGUAUUGCAAAAAUUGGUUUUCACAUGGCACCGAGACUGAGUAAAAUAUUUCCGGAAUCAUGUUUGUUGAUCGUCGUUGGUGUCGUCGUUGGACUACUUCUUUUCCAGGCCAGCAGCGUUCACGUAUCACCCCUAACACCUGAUACCUUUUUUCUCUACAUGUUACCACCUAUCAUCCUAGAUGCCGGUUAUUUUAUGCCCAAUCGAUUAUUCUUCGAUCAUCUUGGAACUAUUCUACUAUUUGCAGUAGUUGGAACAAUUUUCAAUACCCUGUCAAUAGGUGCAUCCUUAUGGGUUCUGGGAAAAUUCAAUGUUUUCGGUUGUGAGACACCAUUAUUAGACAUGUUCCUUUUUUCGGCAUUGAUCAGUGCAGUUGAUCCUGUUGCUGUAUUAGCAGUUUUUGAAGAAAUACACGUCAACGAGAUAUUAUACAUCGUUGUAUUCGGUGAAAGUCUUUUAAACGAUGCUGUCACAGUUGUAUUAUAUCACAUGUUCGAGACUUACAGUGAGAUGGGACCUUCAAGAAUUGAAUAUACUGACAUACUCUCAGGUUUAGCAUCAUUUCUAGUCGUAGCAAUAGGUGGUACGAUAAUAGGUGUCAUAUGGGGAUUUGCAACAGGAUUCGUAACAAGAUUUACGAAUCAGGUUCGUGUGAUCGAACCAAUUUUUAUAUUCGUCAUGGCUUAUUUGGCAUACCUAAAUGCUGAAAUCUUUCACAUGUCAGGAAUAUUGGCAAUAACAUUUUGUGGUAUUACCAUGAAAAAUUAUGUCGAAGCUAAUAUAUCGCACAAAUCACAUACCACCGUUAAAUAUACAAUGAAAAUGUUAUCGAGUAGUUCGGAAACGAUCAUAUUUAUGUUCCUUGGUGUGGCAACGGUGAACAAUAAACAUAAUUGGAACACAUGGUUCGUCGUGAUGACAAUAGUCUUCUGUUCUAUUUAUCGGAUCGUGGGAGUGAUUGUCUUGACUGCAUUGGCCAAUCAAUUUCGUCUGCAUAAACUGGACAAGGUGGAGAAAUUCGUCAUGUCCUAUGGAGGUUUAAGGGGUGCAGUGGCGUUUGCCCUUGUCUUGUUAAUUGAUCCAAAACACGUAGCGUUACAACCAAUGUUCGUUACUACCACUAUUGCUGUUAUUUAUUUCACCGUUUUCAUACAGGGAAUCACUAUUAAACCACUGGUUAGAAUACUCAAUGUGAAAAGAGCUGAGAAAAGAAAGCCUACGAUGAACGAAAGGAUUCAUGAAAGGAUAAUGGAUCACGUAAUGGCUGGAAUUGAGGACAUCUUAGGAAAACAUGGCAAUUACCACGUGAGAGAUAAAUUCAAACGUUUCGACAACAAAUUCAUACGGCCGUAUCUAUUGCGAAAUCAUUAUGGUGCCGAACCAAAGAUCUUGGAAACCUAUUCGAAAUUAGCCAUGAAAGAUGCCAUGGAUUAUAUAAGAAGAAAUGCUUCGACUAUUGGUAAUAUCAGUGGUACCGAGAGUAUGUCAGCCAUAUUUAGAAAUUACAGCAAUACAGGACAAUUCAAUGGAAGUCCGAGUUGCAGUCAACUCGAAACCGGUUGGAAUAUCGAUCUCCAGGAACUCGAGUACAAUCCAUCGAAGAAAGAUUUGACAGACGCUAGGAUACAUCAUCUACUGGCUGAAGAACUCUGCAAACCUUACAAACGGUGUAAAACAUUACCGUCGCAGCACCGACGAUUGAGUUACAGUAGACACGCUGUCAACGAUCGGGAUCUAUCUACCCAAGUCAAUUAUAAAAUGCACAUGAAUAUUCGACGUAUGAUGGGAGAGCACAAACAUCGUCACAAACGCAGCAAGAAGUUACUAAAGGACGGUAAGCAGAAUCACGUGAGUUUCCCGGAAUUCCAACAAAACGGUUCGACCAAAUUAUUCACCCAAGACUACAUGAACGGCGUGUUAUACGAACUGGAAAACGGGGAUAAUUCGAAACCAUCGAGCAAAGAAGAUUGGGAUUCUGCAAUAACUUUUACUGCACGUACUUCCGAUUCUUCCAAUGUUAAUCCAGACGGCCAUCACGCAACCGCUACUACGUCCAUGGACACCAUAAACACCGAAGAUGCCGACUUGAGGUUUGCCCGUGAUGGUGAAAGUUAUAGAGUAACAACCCCAACGGCAACGGAAACGGUUUUACCAUGGAAACGUGAGGACGAUUAUGAUUCCGGUCAUCCAUUGAAACAAAACGAGUUUCCUGCUUGGUGUGCGAAUAAGGAAUACCUUCCUUACAGUUCACCUUCAGCUACUUUCUUAGGUGCCAUAGAACAACCAAAAGUACAAUCAGUGAUUGGAUUGUUUCGACGUGAAAGCGUUGGUACACCUGAUCACAUAGAUCGUCAGGAAACCGUGUUGCCUUGGAAACGGGAUGACGACUAUGAAUCAGGACAUCCUUUGAAACAAAAUGAGUUUCUUACUUACAGUUCACCUUCUGCCACCUUGCUUGGUACAAUAAAACAACCAAAAGUACAAUCCGUGAUUGGUCUGUUUCGACGCGAGAGCGUUGGUACGCCGGAUCACAUCGAUCGUCAGGAAACUGUUGACGAGUGCGACGAGUACACGGUUACCGGGAUGGAAGAGUUUUCCACUCCCACGAGAAACACAGACAGUAGCAGCAACAAAAGUUCGGUACACCGGAGAGUAUCGAUGAUGGAAUUGGGUACAAUGGAAAAAUCAUUGGAAAGAAACGAGGAUGGUUCGCGUUCCCUUCCAGAAUGUUGGAAUCCACAAAGAAUAAGAAUGUCUUCGUACCUAAGCCCGGCUCAACUACCAAGUUUAUCUACGGCCCUGAUAACGUCGUCUUCGGAAUCUUCGGAGGAAAUCGAUGAAGAAGAAGAGAGAGCUUGACCUUUAAGGAAUCCUCGUAAAUAGGCCUCGUCUUACGAGGAUGUGCAUCGUCCUUGUUUACGUCGUCCUUGGAAACGACAACAAGCACGUCCUCGUUCAUUAUUUUCGUCUCUUUUACGACGACCAAGUACACCGUUAUAAAAAGAAAAAUAUGAUUUUGAUAUUCAUCUAUAAUAGCACAAUAAUUUCAAGAGAAUUUAUUUAAUUAAAGAAACUUACUACGCGCGCACCUAUCAAACUUCGAAGAAAGAAAAACAAGGCAAUUGAAUUUUAUUCGAUAAACUUUCUUCUAUAUGAGAUUUUUGUUUAAAAUAAUGGUUUAUUUUGAAAAGAUGAAAAUGUUCUCUUUCAAAUGACGAUGAUGUACGAAAGUUUCAACAACAACAAAAUAUGUGAAACUUAGGAGAGAAUAAUAAUAAUAAAUCUUCUACUGAUCUUCCACAAGUGCAAGAAAAUUGUGCAUUAAAAUUCAUCGGGUUUGUGUGAUCUUAUAAAUCGUAUAUUGAUCGAUUAAGAUCAACCUACAAAAGGAUAAAAUUAUAAAAGGA